UGUUGAUGUUUAUGUUUAUCAGUUAAUGUAUGCCUAACAUUCUUAAUUUCUUUUUAAUUAUCAGCUUUCAAAGUAAUGGUUUUUUAUUUGUUGUAAAGAAGAAAAAGAUAGUUUUUUUAACAUGAACCGUAUAUUUAAUUUGAUAAAGAAGCCCACAUCCAUAAGUGCCCAAUUACCGAACAACAAUUUUGGAAAACAAAAUUUCCAUUUUUGUUCUUAGUUCCUUUCAAUCAGUUCCUGCUACAGCUGUCGUGUCGCUGAAAAUAAAUGCAAGUUGGUUCUAAUUACCAAUAACCAUCCAUUCAAAAUCCAAAUUCGUCCACUUCAGUUCACAAAUUUCAAUCUUGAUUUGUUUUUUUUAUUCAAUUUAGUUCUACUUUGUAUACUCUAUAGGCUUUUUCAGUUAAAUUAAUUGAUGUAUUUUCCACGUUCGUCUCUUGUCCUUUCUACCACCAUUUCUAAUCUAAUUUCUCUGCUUUUUUUUUUUUUUUGGUAUUUUCCUUUUUUCUAAUAUAAUUCUCUGGUUCUUGAUUUCUCAUUUUUCUUUUCAUUCAUCCAAAGUCAUUUUUUUGUAAUUUUUUAUGGGUUCCUCAAUGCUUAAUUUUUGUUCAGACACCUAAAAAAAUUGUUUGUUUCUUUUAAGGUUGAUUUGGGUGGAGACAUAUUGGUCUCAUUAGAGUCUAAAUUAAAAAAAAAAAAAAUUGGAUACUGUUUUCAAUAAUCGAGAUUUAUUUAUGUGCUGUAUAGGUGUUUGUCAAUAAUGGUGACAUCUGUUCCAAAUAAAGUGGGAAACUAUAGUAGCACUGGCAAUGGUGUGCAUAAGCCCUUUUUUGACGACAUAACUAAUUUUUUGAGGAGAUUUUUAUUUCGUGUCCUGUCUGUUGGUCCUAUCCCCACUCACCUUGCUUUCAUCAUGGAUGGAAACCGAAGGUAUGCAAAGAAGCAGAAUCUGAAAGAAGGAGAAGGCCACAAAGCUGGCUAUCUGGCUUUAAUGUCUCUGCUUCGUUACUGCUAUGAAUUAGGAAUCAAGUAUGUUACUAUAUACGCUUUCAGCAUUGAGAAUUUUAAGAGGCGACCCGAUGAGGUUCAAAGCUUGAUGGACCUGAUGCUAGAGAAGAUGGAGGCUUUGCUUAUGGAAGAAAGCAUUGUGAAUCAGUAUGGUAUCAGGGUGUGUUUCAUUGGUAAUUUGAGACUCUUGAGUGAGCCUGUCAGGGCUGCAGCGGAAAAGGUAAUGAAGGUCACAUCUAACAACAGUAAGGCUAUGCUUUUAGUCUGCGUGGCCUAUACUGCAUCCAAUGAAAUCGUGCAUGCUGUGGAAGGAUCCUGUAAAGAAAAAGAAAAGGAGUUUCGACUGUGCAACUUGAACAAUAACGUGAUGGAUGAUGUUAAAGAGGGUGAGAAGGUUAAUGGUAUGGUUGUGCAUGAUAUUCAAGACUUUUACGAGGAUACAUCAGUCGAAUCUCAAGGAUUAAAGCAGGGUAAAGGUUGCAAUGGGACACCAUAUCAUGCCUGUGAAUCUUUUGAGUCUAACUGGGAUCAAGUUCUAACUUCCAAGGCAAGUAAAAGUGGUGAAGUUUCUGAAGGUUUUCGAAAUUUGAGACAGGAGGUUCCUCUGAUAAAACUGGUAGAUAUUGAGAAACACAUGUAUAUGGCAGUUGCACCUGAUCCCGACAUGCUAAUUCGAAGCUCUGGUGAGAGCCGCUUAAGCAAUUUUCUACUUUGGCAAACUAGUAACUGCCAAUUGUAUUCUCCUGCAGCAUUGUGGCCUGAGAUAGGUUUGUCACAACUGGUGUGGGCGAUAUUAAAAUUCCAACAAUCCCAUUCCUAUCUGGAGAAAAAGAUGAAGCAGUUAUAGCACUUAUCAUGCAAAGGCAAAUUUGUAUUUGCUAGUAUAAUUUAUUGUCAUAUUGCCUUGCCCUUAACAUUCAAGGCAGAAGAAGAAACCGAAUUCGCCAACCUUAAUACACAAGGCAGUCCACUUUUAGUUGCAGAAAAAUUUGGUUUAAGACUGCCCAUUUUCUUAUAUUUGUUGACUUGAGAGUCUUGUAGCGUAAUGUGAUUCUCUUGGUUCUCAAAUUCUACAUAUGAAUUGAAAAUGAAUGUGUUCUAUCA